AGAAGCCCUUUGCAUGUAGGAAUGCUCGAGACAUUUAUAGAUGCUCUGGUAUCACGGAAUGGCUUGACUAGAACUCAAUCCGUCAGUUGAUUGCAUUUCCGGAUUUGGUACUGUCGUAAUUGAAUGCAAUUCAUCCCUUGUCAUCUUAGUUUCGUGGGCUCAUGGUACGAUGAUAGGCCAAUGCCAGCGUAUGUUCCAGAAUUCUUGUAUGGGCUAGUUAUGUGCACCUGUUUGUUGUUAGCUAUUGCUUCUAUCUUGUUAUAGAUUUGCAUGAAGCAUUUGAAGAUGUUUACUUUCGAGUUGACGUGAAAUGCAAAUGCUUGCUUUGAUCUGUAUGCACUGCUCUAAGUUUUGCCAUCGCAGGUGGAGCUUGUGUGGUCUCAUUGGUCGUGGGUAUGUGAAUUUGAGAAGGGACCAGAGCUCACAUUUAAUUCAUACAUGAUGAAUGGUUCAAGUGGUUCCCAAGGGCAUCAUGUGAAUGGAAAGGAAGUGCAAAGCAUUGGUCCUUCCGUUCAGAACAAUGGACCAAGACACCGGCCAUUGACUCUAAUGAGACAAUGCCGUGGUGUGUUAUAUUUGGUGAUUAUGCCGUUGACAGCAUUCAUGUUGAUGGUUUACAUAUCCCCUGUAACUACUUUCCUCGUGCGGCUGUUCAGUGUGCAUUACAGCAGAAAGUCAACAUGUUUUUUAUUUGGGAUGUGGUUAGCCAUGUGGCCGUUCUUGUUUGAGAAGAUAAACAAGACCAAGUUUGUUUUCUCUGGUGAAAGGGUGCCCCCCAAAGGGCGUGUCUUGUUGUUUGCUAAUCACAGAACCGAGGUUGAUUGGAUGUACUUGUGGGAUCUUGCGUUGAGGAAAGGUCGUUUGCAGUGCAUCAAGUAUAUCCUUAAGAAAAGCUUGAUGAAGUUGCCCAUUUUUAACUGGGCAUUUCACAUUAUUGAAUUUAUUCCAGUAGACCGGAAGUGGGAGGUUGAUGAACCAUUAAUCCGAACCAGGCUUUCAGAGUUAAAGAACCCUAAGGAUCCCCUUUGGUUGGCAGUUUUUCCUGAAGGCACUGAUUACACUGAGAAGAAGUGUACCAAAAGUCAAGAGUAUGCGGCACAGCAUGGCUUGCCUAUUCUGAACAAUGUCCUCCUUCCCAAGACAAAGGGUUUUCAUUGCUGUCUCCAAGAGCUGAGGGGUUCCAUAGAUGCUGUUUAUGACAUCACAAUAGCAUAUAAGCACCGGCUACCGACAUUUAUGGACAAUGUUUAUGGUAUUGAUCCUUCUGAAGUCCACAUCCAUGUUAAAAUCAUUCAAGUGCCCAAUAUACCCACCUCGGAAAUUGAAGUAGCCGAUUGGCUGAUCGAAAGAUUUAAACUUAAGGACAAACUUCUGUCCGAUUUUUCGACGCAUGGCCACUUCCCCAACGAAGGAACUGAAGAUGAUCUGUCUACGCUCAAGUGUGUUGCAAAUUUUGUAGCGGUAAUCAGCACAACGAGCAUCCUCACGUACCUCACCCUGUUUUCAUCUGUAUGGUUCAAGAUUUUCGUAGCGUUUAGCUCAGCUUUCCUUACAUUUGCGACCAUAUACUCCAUACAUCUGCCCCAGGUAAUAUCCCUGGAAGCUGGUGGUACACAUGCCAAGAAAUCUUGAAUAUAUGUAUUGUGCGCGUGUAACUUUUAGGUGUGUUAUCAGCAGAAAGAUGCUGACCUUGUGGACUCUGGCAUCAUUGCCAUGUAUAUCUGUACAUCCAAUGUGAUUUUGCAUUGGAAAUGCCUCUAUUUCCACAGUUCAGUACAAAUCCUUUUAUCAGGGCCGUCGGUGCAGUCUGGUCAUUCUUGUAUCUCAC